GCGAACUACGGCGGCACACACACAUUAACCGUGUGUCUGUUUUUUUUCUGCUGUUUUACCUUUCCAAAAGUUGACAUCUGCAAGUAUGCAGUCCGAAUCGGGAAUAGUUCCCGACUUCGAGGUUGGAGAGGAGUUUCAGGAGGAACCUAAAACGUACUACGAAUUGAAGAGUCAACCGUUGAAAAACAGCAGCCCGUCAGACCAGCAUGGCUCCUCGAAGCCCCCGCUGAGCUCCUCGUCCAUGACAUCACGGAUCCUGCUGCGGCAGCAGCUGAUGCGGGAGCAGCUUCAAGAGCAGGAGCGGCGGGAGCAGCAGAGACAACAGGCCUCCCAGUACCCACAAACCACAGCGGCCCAGACCCCCGCCAUUAAUGUCAGCGUGCCGGUCAGUUUACCGCCCGCUGCCCAGGUGCCAAUGGAGGUGCUGAAGGUUCAAACUCACCUGGAAAACCCAACAAAGUACCACAUCCAGCGUUCCCAGCAGCAGCAGGUGAAACGCUACCUGGGAAAACUUGGCUCUCAGGCGUUGAGCUUGCCCUGCCCCAACCAGACCUCUGACCACGGGGGCAUGCCGCCAGGGCCGGGCAACAGCGCCCCCAACAGCCCUAUGGCCUUACUGACCCUCAACUCUAAUUGCGAGAAAGAGAUGGAUGAUGUCAUUGAUGAUAUUAUUAGUCUGGAGUCCAGUUACAGUGAUGACAUCCUUGGCCUGAUGGAUCCAGGACUUCAGAUGGCUAACACAAUUCCUGUGCCUGCGAACCUCAUGGACAUGUACGGGAACCAAGGUAUGCCCCAACAAGGUCUGCCCAUCAGCAACUCCUGCCCUGCCAACGUGCCCAACAUCAAAAGGGAAUACUCUGUUUCACAAUCCCCUGCCAUCAUGCAUAUGCUGGAUAAGUCUGGAUCCUGUGGCAAAUUUGACAACUAUCAAAGGCCUGAAGGGUUCCCAGUGGAGGCUGAAGUUAGAGCUCUGGCAAAGGAAAGGCAGAAGAAGGACAACCAUAAUCUGAUUGAGAGAAGACGACGGUUUAACAUCAAUGAUCGUAUCAAGGAGUUGGGAACAUUAAUUCCAAAGUCCAAUGACCCGGACAUGCGCUGGAAUAAGGGCACCAUCCUCAAGGCAUCAGUGGACUAUAUCAGGAAGCUGCAGCGGGAACAACAGCGAGCCAAAGAGCUGGAGAGCCGUCAGAAGAAGUUGGAGCACGCCAACCGACACCUGAUGUUAAGGAUACAGGAGUUGGAGAUGCAGGCUCGGGCUCAUGGGCUGGCCAUCGCAUCUUCAGCGCUCUGCUCUGCUGAACUUGGUCCCCGAACGAUCAAGCAAGAGCCCACCCUGGAGGACUGUCACCAGGACCUGUACACGCUCCACCCCCACCACCAACACCACCCUGCCUGUACUCCAGAGCCUCCCACCACCCUGGAGCUAAACGAAGGCCACUCUAACUUCCCCGAAGCCGGAAACACGAGCCACUACGGCGUUCACAACAAAACAGGCUCCAAACUCAACGACAUCCUCAUGGAAGACACCUUGUCACCGGUGAGAGGGGGGGACCCUUUACUGUCGUCUGUCUCCCCAGACACCUCAAAGGACAGCAGUCGCAAGAGCAGUGUAAGCAUGGAUGAAAAUGAGCAGGCCUGUUAGCACCCCCUACUGGAAGACCUGGUCUAGAUCUACCACCUCUCAAUCUUCCUGCAAGUGUUUUCAUUAGAAAAAUGCUCUCGGCUGCUGGAGAGCCUUUCUUUGGUUCAUAUUAUAUGACAUUUGUGUUUCUUUUUUUCUCCCCCACCUGUGUUUACAUGUAUUGAAUCUGUUCCAUUCAUUUUUUUGUGUUUAUAUCUUUGUCUUUUCAAGCCCUCAACCUUGAUUUCAAGGACUGAUUUUUCAAGUACGUUUGCUUUAAUCAAUAUUUUGAUGACAAUACGUUACAAAAAUAGAAGUUUUUAUAUUUAAAUGAAUAUGCAUUUAUCUUUGGAUAGAGGCUAGAUUGUGCUUAUUUCUACUGAUUCCAAAGAAUCUAGGGAAAUUAUAAAUCAUGGUCGGAAAUGUAGAUAUUUUGUGGUGAGAUGAACACUGCUUUUUAAAUCACUAGCAAUAAUAGAAAUCUAUUUAUUAAUAAUAUAGUGCUUUACACUCCUCGUGUCUUAGAUUGAACUUGAAUGUGCCAAUGCCUUAUUAAGAUGUGUAUACAUCGAUGUUGUAUUGCUAUGCACAUGUGUUAGCUGAGUGUUUGUCAGUCUUCCAGAUGAAAUUUCUUUCUUGACAAGUAUUAAUCAUUUGUAGAUUUGAUCUUAUUUAUGUAUCUAUUCAAGACUUUAUGUACACAUUCCCCUCAAAAAUUAAUUAAUGAAAAGGCAAUUAAGCCUUUAAAAAACUGAAACAAUGAAACAUAAGGACAUAAAACUAAGAAAAUGUCUCCUUUAAAGUCCAUAAAUAAAAUCAACACAGUGGCUAACAGUAACAGUCCUCAAAUAACGGGAGAGAAAAUCCUAUGUCUCCUUCCUUGUACCUCUUUUAGGCAUCUAGCAUAAGUGUGUGCCAGAAAGAUAAUACCAACACAUUCCUCACUGCCAAAAACCACUGAAGUACAAAAACUCAGCAAACAAAUAUCAAAGAAACAUCCCAAAAUUAGCUUGAAUUGUCUCUGAAAAUUAACAAACAUGCACAAAAAAAUCAUUUCAUUUCAUAGAGCUGCAUAUUCAUAUGUGAUUUUGUUUGUGAUCGGUACAAUGAAGAUGCAACAUUUUACUAUGGUAUGCUUCCUCCUCUGUAGUUACCAGACUUUGUGAACUGGUAGAACUGAUACUAUUUCAGCACAUACUGUACUACUCUAUUGUAAUGCUUCAGUAAUAUAUCAUUGCAAGUGCUUUUUUUUUUUUUUUUUUUUUUUUUUUUUUUUAUUAAUGUCCACCCAUUUCCUAAAUUAUUGUUUUUUUUUUUAAAUCACUGUUACGACAUUUCACUUUCAGGAUGUUUUUUUUUUUUUUUUUUUCCAUUGUAUGAACAUUUAUAUUGCCAAGGAGUAUAAGGAGACCGCUUUGGGAUUUUGUAUCAGAUGCAUGACAUUGUCAAAACACUGGAAUGACCUCUGUAAACUGAAAUGUGGUUUGUUUGCCUUUUUUUAAACUAACUAUUGUAUUUGGGCUGUCAAAUACACAGACUGUUGUACAAGAUUGAUACUUUAUGGUGUGUGGUUGUAUAUUUUAGUGGUAUGUUUUCACCCCUUGUAGUACACUGCAGAUUUAUGCCUUUGUUAAGAAAAAAAAAAAAAAGAACUACCUGCCAUACAUUGAGAGCCCUGCUACAGCACAGUCUGCAUUUUGUCAAACUAUGCAAUGGUUACAGUUGUGCCUAUAGAGCAGCAUCAUGUGUUUCUCAUAGGAUGUUUGACAAUGAAUUGGAGAUUAGUCUUUUUAAUUGAUUUAAGUGCCUUAUUUCUGUUCUCCUGGUAAUGUAAGAGGUGAAACAUGUUGUUAUGUUUAUAGGGUAUUUGGUGCUCCACUGAUGUAUGUAGAGUGGAAGGUUUUUCAGAGCAACGUAACACUAUGAGCCUCCCCACUGACUCCACACUGACCUACUAAAGAGGCUUUGUCUCGGUCGUGCAAUUUUGUUUUAUCUUUAUAAAGCUCAAAACUUUACACCAAAAGCAUUAACCCCCAUGUUGUGCUGAAUGUUCAGCAUACUGUAGUUUUCGAGACUAGUAUGUUUGCAUGAAUGUAAUUCUCAGUGCCAAAAUGUGUUGCCAAAACUGAAGUUUAUACUGUAUAAGGAUACGACUAGCAUUGUGUGAUGCACCUUUCUUAGUGGUGUUUCUCCUGAGUAGUUGCAAGAAAUAUACAUUCAACACAAUCAUGCCAGAGGUAAACAUGUGAAAGUUUAUUCUUGGUAGCAGUAGGGUAAUCUCCUAAGCAAACAGAACCACCUCUUUUCAUGUGACCUAUUUUCCAUAUUUAGGUAGGAGGUAUUUAGCUCGUAGGUGAACCUUGGCAUAUAUAUUUUUUGGCCUUUAUGGUCACAUCAAGCCUUAAACGUGCAGUACACACAGGCCUGUAACAUCACACCCUUUGACUGAAUACAGACCAGCUCUUUUUAAUGGACUAGAUAAAUCCUCAAAACCCUGAAAUGUGAGUGGUUAGAAUAGACAUCUGCAAUACAUGUGGCGGUGGUGCUUCGUUUAAAGCUAUCAUCACCGGUUAGUGGUCCUGAUGAAUCAUACAGUUUGUUGUGGCACAUUAUAAUGAAGAACCGUGUUAGCGCCGUGUAGAUCUCUGCUCGUUCUCAUUCCUGUGAUUUAUACAGACAUGUUCUCUGCUGAUGUUGCUACUGUUCUUAAUGUUACAGUUUAUAUGAGAUGAAUGUAGCAAUAGUAAGUGUAGUUGAAUUGUGCACUGGUUUCGGAUUGGUGAAGUCAAACUCAUUGGUACUCAUGUGGAAGCUCUUGUGAGAAAUAUUAAAAGUUUAUUUGAAUGUU